AUGGAUUGGCACAUUGGAAAUCUUUUCUUCAACCUUUAUCAAAACAUUUAUUUCAUAUUUCGUCGUCUACUGCGAAUUACACUAAGUUGGUUUAUGCUAAUGGUAACUGGUAAAACGGAGCUUGAAAGAAUUUUAACUUGGAGAGUCGAUAAUCGCGGUAGGAUCACAACUGAAGUGGAAAAGCUCAUUGACGAAGGAGAACUACCAAUAGUGCCGAGAUUUUGGAAGGCUGGACAGGAAGACAAACUUGCAACAGAAAUCGUUAGGAAUUGCUGUUCAGAAGUGGACAAUGAGCAGUUUAGACAGAUGAGAGAUGUACUAAAGAGAUCACUGAGCCAAAUACGUGGUUACCGAGAAUUAUGUGAUUAUGUCGAAGAAAUACAUAAGGAGAAGUAUGAUCGUAAAAAUGAAAUUCACGAAAAAAGAUUACUAAAAUUAUGGGGACUUUUAAUGCCAAAGGAAGAUUUGGAAGCUAGGAUGACGGAUCAAUGGAUGAAGAUCGGAUUUCAGGGUCAUGAUCCAUCGACUGAUUUUCGCGGUAUGGGAAUUCUCUCGCUAGAACAGCUGAUUUUCUUAGCGCAAUACGAUGUCGCACAUGCACAGUCAAUACUUUCCCUUUCAAAUCACCCUUUGUAUGGCUUUCCAAUGGCGGUAACAGGCAUCAACCUGACAGCUCUGGUCAAACGAUUGCUACAGGGUAAUGCAUUAAAAAUGCAUUUCUACAAUACUCUUUGCGACACACCAACAAUCGACAACUUCCACCACGUUUUUUGCCAAGUGUUCAAACUGUUUUGUGCAUUUUGGACAAGAAGAAAACCGGAGCUGAUCUAUUUCAAUAAAAUUAAAGAUGACUUUGAAACCCAGUUAAUGGACCACUUAUAUUCGGAGGAAGCCAAUUUGGAUAAGUUAGAUGUAAGAUAUUUUGCGUAA